AUGGCUAUUGAGAAAGAUAAUGACAGAGCAUUUUAUUUAGCACAAAAAGCUGAGAUUCUGAAAGAUAUUGAGUUGUUUUAUUUAUUACCACAUCAAAGACGUCGGACUGAUUGGUUUCCUGAUAUCAUUUAUUAUUAUGCGGAUGUUGACGAAAUUCGUAAAGCUAAAAAGAAAUUAAUGGACGAAGAAGCUUUGAAUAAAAGCGAUUUAUCUGAAAUAAUAGAAGAAAAAUUUUCGAAACUUCUUUCUCAAGUAUAA